AAGCUUAAAACAUCCUUCUCUGUUUCCCCCCCACCAAGUGAAAAUCCUACAAAGAUCUCUCAAAAUAUUUCUUAAAAAUGGAGAAGAUAAUCUCACUGAUUCUUCUUCUCUCUUAUUUUAUGUAAUCCCUUCAUUAACUCGAGCUCCAGUUUCCAUCUUUCAAACCGGAAAGAGAAAGAAAAAAAAAGUAGAAGAUAGAAAACGUGUUAGAAAAGCAGAGGAUAUAUAAAAGAAUCUCUAUCUAUAAUGGCCUCUGAGCUGAAACAAACUCUAACCAAGAGAUACGGUGCUCUUCAACUAUGGGAGAUCAUAGUCAUUGCUCUCUUUGCAGCUUUCAUACUAAUCCUCAUCAUCUCUGUAUGGCUCAGCUUCCGUAAAAAAUCAAGAAGAUCUAACUUCACACAGCUUCCCAUAACGCAAACCACUCACCUUCCAGAAGAAAUCAAAGACAUAAGUGUUGAUCAUGUUUUGUCUAACAACAACGGUACAUCUCAUCAAACUCUAGAUAAGAAGUUCAACGAGAGAGACAUAGAGAAUGGUGAUGGUAACUACUCUGGCUCGUUAGAGAAAAAGACCGCGGUUAGGUCACAUUUGUCUCCUGCUACUACUCCUUCAGCAGCAACAGCUCAUUCGCCUCUCUCGGGUCUUCCAGAGGGCUCUCACAUUGGUUGGGGCCAUUGGUUCACUCUACGUGACCUUCAGCUCGCGACUAAUCAUUUCUCCAAGGAGAAUAUCAUUGGUGAUGGUGGCUAUGGAGUUGUUUACCAUGGAACUCUAGCUAACAAAACCCCUGUGGCUGUCAAAAAGUUGCUCAACAAUCCAGGGCAAGCUGAUAAAGACUUCAGAGUUGAAGUGGAAGCAAUAGGACAUGUCAGGCACAAGAACUUAGUUCGGCUUCUUGGAUACUGCGUUGAAGGAACACAUAGGAUGCUGGUUUAUGAGUAUGUGAACAAUGGGAACUUAGAGCAAUGGCUCCACGGAGACAUGAACCACCAAGGACAUCUCACGUGGGAAGCACGGAUCAAAGUUCUUAUUGGCACUGCUAAAGCUCUGGCUUAUCUUCACGAAGCUAUUGAGCCGAAAGUGGUGCAUAGAGACAUCAAAUCAGGCAAUAUACUUAUGGAUGAUAACUUUGACGCCAAGUUAUCUGACUUUGGUCUUGCUAAAUUGCUCGGAGCUGAUAAUAGUUACGUGAGUACACGAGUUAUGGGUACAUUCGGAUAUGUGGCGCCUGAAUACGCUAACUCUGGUCUCUUAAACGAGAAGAGCGACGUGUACAGCUUUGGUGUUGUUCUCUUGGAAGCUAUUACUGGAAGGUACCCAGUUGAUUAUGAUCGGCCUAAAGAAGAGGUGCAUAUGGUGGAGUGGUUGAAGUUAAUGGUUCAGCAGAAACAGUUUGAAGAAGUGGUGGAUAAAGAGAUUGAGAUCAAACCAUCGAAGAGCGAACUAAAACGAGCGCUUUUGACAGCUUUGAGAUGUGUUGAUCCUGAUGCAGACAAGAGGCCGAAGAUGAGUCAAGUGGCUCGAAUGCUUGAAUCAGAUGAAUACCCUGUGAUGCCUAGAGAGGAACGAAGAAGAAGGAGAAGCCAGAACGCAGAGCUGCCUAGAGAAAGCACAGAGGCAAAUCAAGAUGAGAUAGUAACAGAAGCAAAGACUUGAGUAACAUACAGAUAUAUGGACACCCUUUUAGAUUCGUUGGAUGUUGUUUAGAUUCUUUACUUUGCUUCUAUGGUUUAUUUAUAUUGAUCUUAUACAUGUAGAGAGGAGAACAGGAUAUGUUUCUCUUAUCUGGAAGAGGAGAUAUCUUUUGUAUAGCUUUCUCUUACUACUUCAUACACAUGUUAUAUGCAGAUAUUUACAAGAUGUAAGGUUUCUUCUA